AUGGGCCUGGAGCUCUACCUGGACCUGCUGUCCCAACCCUGCCGCGCCGUCUACAUCUUCGCCGAGAAGAACGGCAUCCCCUUCGAGCUGCGCUCCGUGGACCUGCGCAAAGGCCAGCACCUCAGUGAUGUCUUUGCCCAGGUGAACCCCCGGCAGAAGGUGCCUGCCUUGAAGGGCGGGGACUUCAUUUUGACCGAGAGUAUGGCCAUUCUGCUCUACCUGACCCGCAAGUAUAAGGUCCCUGACCACUGGUACCCCCAGGACACACAGGCCUGUGCCCGUGUGGAUGAGUACCUGGCCUGGCAGCACACAACCCUGCGGAGAAACUGCCUCCGGGUCCUGUGGCAUAAGGUGAUGCUCCCUGUUUACCUGGGUGAGCCGGUCUCUCCCGAGAUGCUGACAGCCACGCUGGCAGAGUUGGACGUGACCCUGCAGGUGCUUGAGGACAAGUUCCUCCAGAACAAGGCCUUUCUCGCUGGGUCCCACAUCUCUCUGGCUGACCUGAUAGCCAUCACGGAGCUCAUGAAUCCUGUGGGUGCCGGCUGCCGAGUCUUUGAAAGCCGACCCAAGCUGGCUGCGUGGCAUCAGCGCGUGGAGGCGGCAGUGGGGGAGGUCCUCUUCCAGGAGGCCCAUGAGGUCAUCCUGAAGGCCAAGGACUCCCAGGCUGCAGACCCCACCAUUAAGCGGAAGUUGAUGCCUAGGGUGCUGUCCAUGAUCCAGUGA